AUGGCCGGCACCGGGAGUUCCUCGUCUGGACAAGCAGAAGGAGGCUUUCACUUGAUGAGUUGCCUAAAAGAUGUUCCGACAUUCAGAGGUGACAAUCACACUGAGUGGAGGAAGAAAGUUGAACUGGCAUUUGUCUGUGCUGAUCUGGACUGGGUUCUGGAUGAACCACAGCCGGUCAGACCUACAGAGCCAGUAAGAGAGGCCACUGAUGAUGAUGCUGCGUGGACUAAAAAGAGGAGGGAUUAUGCUCCUUUGGAGAUGUCCUACAUCAUAGAAAACCAAAAGUGGGUCAAUGCAAACAAAAAGUACAUGGCCUUUAUAAAGAAUACAAUUGAGAGUGCCAUUGUGGGCUCCAUUGCAGAGUGCACUUCCGCAGGGGAGUUGCUUUCAAAGAUAAAGAGCCAGUUCACUGGCUCUUCAAAGAUAUAUGCCACCCAGGUGUUAGAGCAACUGGUGAUAGAACGCUACACAGGUGGUAGUCAUGGAAUAAGAGAGCACAUCCUCAGGAUGAGCAAUAUGGCAGCAAAGCUCAAGCCCAUGGAUGCGGAUCUGGAGAUCAAACCAGCGCUCCUGGUCCACCUUGUCAUGGCUUCACUGCCGAAGGAGUUUGAAGCUUUUGUUGUGAACUACAAUAUGUCACCUGGAACAUGGGAGACAUUGAAAAGACAAUAG